AUGGAGGUCGACACAGUUGAUGCGCCCAUUACAAAAGUGCGCGACAAUGGCGCCCUUGCCGUUGAGGGUGCUCGAACAGAGCUGGUUCCUCACCAUGAACGAGAACGUGCUCGUCGAAUCCGCGAGGCUCACAAGGCCUACGGUCGAGGAAAGAAGGUCAACACCAAGGCCAUCAAGGACAAGAAGCUGCGAAGCAACAUGAAGCGCCUCGAGAGCAAGUACCAGGACGCCACGCUCAAGGCUAAGGAUGCCGAGAUUUUGCUCGAGAACACAUCGGGUUUUCUCGAGGCCGAAGACGAGCUCGAACGAACAUACAAGGUCCGACAAGACGAUAUCACCUCUGAUGUGGCUGUGGAGACCGCGCAGAAGCGCUUCGAGCUUAAGCUGGAUGACCUAGGACCCUACCAGUUCGAUUACUCGAGGAAUGGGCGGGACCUGUUGCUCGGAGGCCGAAAGGGCCAUGUUGCGACAAUGGACUGGCGAGAGGGCAAGCUUGGCUGCGAAUUGCAGCUGGGCGAGACGGUGAGAGAUAUCAAGUGGUUACACAACAACCAGUACUUUGCAGUUGCGCAGAAGAAGUACGUUUACAUCUACGAUCACAAUGGCGUUGAACUACACACUUUGAAGAAGCACCAAGAGGUGUCUCAUAUGGAGUUCUUGCCAUACCACUACCUCCUGGCAACAAUUGGCUCAGUAGGCUUCCUCAAGUACCAGGACACAUCAACGGGUCAAUUAGUUGCCGAGAUUCCUACCCGGUUAGGUCAACCCGUUUCCCUUGCACAGAACCCCUGGAACGCCAUCCUACACGUCGGUCACCAGAACGGAACAGUUACACUAUGGUCGCCCAACUCUCAAGAUCCCCUCGUCAAGUUGUUAGCUCAUCGCGGACCUGUGCGAGAUGUGGCCAUUGACCGUGAAGGUCGAUACAUGGUCUCAGCCGGUCAGGAUCAGAAGAUGGCCGUCUGGGAUCUCAGAAUGUUCCGAGAGGUUAACAAUUACUUCACACGCCAGCCCGCUUCAUCAGUGUCGAUAUCGGAUACAGGCUUGACAGCUGUUGGAUGGGGCACCCAGACAACUAUCUGGAAGGGUCUGUUCGACAAGAACGCCCCUGUCCAAGAGAAGGUCCAAAGCCCUUACAUGGCCUGGGGCGGUGAGGGUAAGCGCAUCGAGCGUGUGCGCUGGUGCCCCUUCGAGGAUGUUCUCGGUCUCGGCCACGAUUCCGGCUUUUCCUCCAUCAUCGUCCCUGGUGCUGGUGAGGCCAACUACGACGCCUUGGAAGUCAACCCCUUCGAGACAGCCAAGCAGCGACAGGAGUCCGAGGUCAAGGGUCUGCUCAACAAGCUGCAGCCCGACAUGAUUGCCAUCGAUCCCAACUAUAUCGGAAACCUGGACUUGCGAUCCGAGCAGCAGCGCCGCGCAGAGAAGGAUCUCGAUGCCCCAGCUGCAGACAUCGCCGAGGAUAUUCGCAAACGAGCAAGAGGCAAGAACGGUGCGCUCAAGAAGUAUCUGCGCAAGCAGCGAAAGAAGAAUGUUAUCGACGAGAAGAGACUGCAGGUGGACGAGAUCUGGAAGGAGCAGCAGUCCAAGAAGGACAAGAAGCAACUCGAGGCGGAAGCAGAUCUAGGACCGGCGCUGUCGAGAUUUGCCAAAAAGGAGUAA